AUGGCUGAAGUUGUUAACGGUCCGUGUGAAAGUAGCCCAAGGCGGUUCGCCCAUCUCACCAAUAAUCCAGCUGCAAGACGAGCUGAGAUGAAAAUAGGAUUGCUGCAAAUUAUUUAUGCUAACCCUUUUGCAGGUUUGGAUCAUGAAGAUCCAUACACUCACCUCACCCGAUUCUACGAAAUAGCUGGUACAUUAGGUGCACCCGAGGCUGAAGAGGAAGCUGUCUUCAUGAGGUUAUUUUCGCACUCUUUAAUCGGCAAAGCAAAGGAUUGGUACCUCGAUCAAUCAACGGAAACCAUGACCAAUUGGAAUGUUUUAGAAAGAAACUUCCUUAGCAGAUUCUUUUCUCACAACAGAUUCAUGGACGCAAAGACAACCAUUGCCACAUUCACCCAAUCUUCAACUAAAACUUUGUGUGAAGCCUGGGAACGCUAUAAAUCCAUGCUACGAAAAUGUCCAAACCACGGUUUCGAUGACAUGUCACAAAUCCACAUUUUUCGUAAUGGAUUAUUACCUCAACCAAAGCUUUUACUUAACGCAACAGCUGGAGGUUCCUUGAUAGCAAAAAGUGCAGAAGAAGCAAUUGCAAUCAUCGAUAGAAUGGCUCUCACAGAUCACCAGGUGCAACACAAUCGAGGUACCGUACAAAAGAAAGUUGGAAUUUUGGAAUUAGGCACAAAUGACGCAAUCCUAGCACAAAAUAAACUACUCACUCAAACCGUGGAAGAAUUGACAAAACAAUUGUCCAAGCUACCUCAACAACUCAAAGAAAUGCACGGUUCGUCGAGCACAUCGCAACAAGUAGCCUUUUGUGAACUUUGUACAGGUGACCAUCCAACCGAUUUUUGUCCUCCGAUCAAUGAAGAAGUGAAGUAUAUGGGAAAUCAGCAGCAGAGGCAGGUUUCUUACAAUCAAGGUUACCAACACAACAACAAUGCAAGCUAUGGCCAAAACCGACCGAAUCAGUAG